AUGUCAUCUCAGGUUGUCCAACAGGUUGCAAGACGCCGAGAACACGUGGGUUUCAGGCUGCUUCACUUCUGUAAGUGCUCUGAUGAGCUUGCUCAACGGCCUCACAUCGCUCGAGUCAUGCCAGCAAGAGUGCAAGGAACAACCAGCUUGACAUUGCCCUCGAACCUGUGCGCAACGCCGACGAGGAGCUCACCAAAGAUGAAGAUUGGCCAGGGAAGACAGUGCCACGAGGCUUUGCUGGUUGCUCACCUUUCAGACGAGCCUCUGGACGAGGUCUGGCAUGCUUUGCGCAUUGCACGGCUGUGUAUAUCUCGCUGCGUCCACUGA